UUUUCUUUUUUUAUUUUUCAUUCAGACAUUAAGACGGCUUGCUCAAAAUCGUGAGGCUGCCAGGAAAAGCCGACUGAGGAAAAUGGCAUAUGUGCAACAACUAGAGAGCAGUAGGUUGAAACUGAUAUCGCCAGCAGGGAAUAUUUAUUUCAAGUACUGGAGAUCAGGCACAGUCAAUGAAUGGAAAUGGCGCUAUGGCAUUUGAUGUAGAGUACGCACGAUGGUUAGAAGAGCAUAAUAGACAAACCAAUGAGCUAAGGACUGCAAUAAAUUCUCAUGCUGGAGAUAUUGAACUUCGAACCAUUGUUGACAAUUUCGUGACGCAGUUUAAUGAUAUCUUCAGGCUGAAAGCUAUUGCAGCAAAAGCUGAUUCUUGCCAGAUUCUGUCAGGAAUGUGGAAGACUCCAGCUGAGAGGUGUUUCAUGUGGAUUGGAGGCUUUCGGCCAUCCGAACUCUUCAAGCUUCUUCUAAGUCAGUUGGAGCCUUUAGUCGAGCAACAGAUGGAUAUCUACAGCUUUCAGCAAUCAUGCCAGCAGGCUGAAGAAGCUCUUUCCCAAGGGAUGGAUGCAUUGCAGCAAUCAGUAUCUGAGACAUUGGCUAAUGGUUCGCCCAGCUCAUCAGGCUCCCCGGGAAAUGUGGCAAAUAACAUGGGUCAAAUAACUAUGGCCAUGGGAAAGCUUGGUACACUUGAGGGGUUUCUUCUCCAGGCUGACAAUCUGCGGCAGCGGACAUUAGAAGUAAUGCUUCAAAUAUUAACGACCAGGCAAUCGGCUCGUGCUCUUCUUGCCAUCAGUGAUUAUUUCUCACGGCUGAGAGAGCUGGGUUCUUUGUGGCCUUCCAGGCCAAGGGAGUGAAGCAUUUCACAGCCCCAUUAGUGGACUUCUUUCAUGUCUGACUCCCUUAAACACCGAUGAUUAUUGAAUCUUGUGCUCUGAAUGAGUUCAAUGGAAGCUGGUGUCUUUGGACAAUGAAUUCCUCUUGAAGCCUAGUUGUGAUGCUAUAAGCAUUAAAUGCUAUGACUUUUCUACUCUGCUGAUGUGGUGCAACAUUUUUCUUUAAGCUUUUGUGGUUUUAAAAUAGUUUCAAUAAUUUGAUUAUAUAGGUGUAUGAUAGAUAGAAGUUGUUGA